UCUCACUCAUGCUCUCAAAAGCAGAAGCUUUCCUCUCUCUCUGACGGCAAAGAGAGGCAGAAGAAGGGGAGUUAUCUUAAGGAGGUUUUUUUUAUUUGUGCCAGCACAGAAGUGCUUUGUGGUGGGCCAUCUGGACUGGGAGGAUUUCCUCAGAAUUCGAAGUAUGCCGUCAGAUUCAGAGAGCUGGGAUUUGCUCUGAAACUGUCUGGGAAGGCAGCAGGAAACGCAGUCAGAACUGGUUUUAUAGUACUUGUAACGUAGGUGACAAGAAUGGAAGACAGCUUGCCUUGUCUUGCUUCAGUUUGUGAUUCCUCAGCACUUAUGAACUUCUGCACUGAUGAUAGCAUCUCUGCUGCAAGCACAUCUGAUGUCCAGGACCGUCUUUCAGCUCUCGAAUUGAGAGUGCAGCAACAAGAAGAUGAAAUCACUGUGCUAAAAGCAGCAUUGGCUGAUGUGUUGAGACGCCUUGCAAUCUCUGAAGACCAUGUAGCCUCUGUGAGAAAAUCAACACCAAGCAAAGGUCAGCCAGGCCUCCGAGAAGCUAUAUCUAUGUCCUGUAUAACCAAUGGAAGUACAGGAAGCAGGAAAACAAGCCAUAGUUCUUCUGUAUCAGUUGCCAGAAAAGAAACCUUCUCAUCUGCUGCUAAAAGCGGUACAGAAAAAAAGAAGGAAAAACCUCCAGGACAGAGAGAAAAAAAAGAGGAAUCUCAUUCUAAUGAUCAAAAUCCACAAAUUCAAGCAUCACCUUCUCCCCAGCCCUCCUCACAGACUCUCCAAACACACAGACAAACUCAAGAAACCAAGAGCUCUGCUCCAGCCAAAAGUGUAAAGCGAUCCUCUACUGCUGACAAAUCACAUAGCGUGUGGGAGAGCUCAGAUGACAGUCGGAAUAAAUUGUUGAGAGCAGCUUCAACAUCAAAAUUGAUAGCAAAAGUGGCAAAAAAUGCAGACAAACACAAAGAUGUCAUCGUCAGCCAAGCAAAAAUGUCAACCCGUGAAAAAAACAGCCAAGAGGGAGAAUAUAUCAAGAUGUUCAUGCGGGGUCGACCAAUCACAAUGUUCAUUCCUUCUGAUGUAGAAAACUAUGAUGACAUUAGGACAGAGCUGCCUCCUGAGAAGUUAAAACUGGAGUGGGUAUAUGGAUAUCGUGGAAGAGAUUGUCGAGCCAAUGUUUACCUCCUUCCUACCGGAGAAAUAGUAUAUUUCAUUGCAUCAGUGGUGGUACUAUUUAACUAUGAGGAGAGAACUCAGCGGCACUACUUGGGUCACACAGACUGUGUUAGAUGCCUUGCAGUUCAUCCAGACAAAAUUAGAAUUGCAACAGGACAGCUAGCUGGAGUGGAUAAAGAUGGAAGACCGUUGCAGCCCCAUGUUAGAGUAUGGGACUCAGUGAGCCUGAUGACCCUGCAGGUUAUUGGCCUUGGGACUUUCGAACGUGGAGUGGGGUGUCUGGAUUUUUCAAAAGCAGAUUCAGGUACUCACCUGUGUGUGAUUGAUGACUCAAAUGAGCACAUGCUAACUGUAUGGGACUGGCAAAAGAAAUCAAAAAUUGCAGAAAUAAAGACUACAAAUGAAGUUGUGCUUGCUGUAGAAUUCCAUCCAACUGAUGCAAAUUCAAUAAUAACAUGUGGUAAAUCUCAUAUCUUUUUCUGGACCUGGAGUGGCAAUUCAUUAGCAAGAAAGCAAGGAAUUUUUGGGAAAUACGAAAAACCCAAAUUUGUGCAGUGUUUGGCAUUUUUAGGAAAUGGAGAUGUGCUCACUGGAGACUCAGGCGGGAUAAUGCUUAUAUGGAGCAAAACUACUGUAGAAUCCACACCAGGAAAAGGACCUAAAGGUGUGUAUCAAAUAAGUAGACAAAUCAAAGCUCAUGAUGGUAGUGUGUUCACACUCUGUCAAAUGAGAAAUGGAAUGCUGCUAACUGGAGGUGGGAAAGACAGAAAAAUCAUUCUGUGGGAUCAUGAUCUGAACCCUGAACGGGAAAUAGAGGUUCCUGAUCAGUAUGGGACAAUCAGAGCAGUAGCAGAAGGAAAAACAGAUCAAUUUCUAGUUGGUACUUCACGAAACUUUAUUUUGCGAGGAACAUUUAAUGAUGGUUUCCAAGUAGAAGUACAGGGUCAUACAGAUGAACUCUGGGGUCUGGCAACACAUCCUUUCAAAGAUAUGUUUUUAACAUGUGCUCAAGAUAGGCAAGUCUGUAUGUGGAACUCUGUGGACCACACACUAGAAUGGACCAGGCUACUAGAUGAACCAGGACACUGCGCUGAUUUCCAUCCAAGUGGAACAGUCGUAGCAAUAGGAACACACUCAGGAAGGUGGUUUGUUUUGGAUGCGGAAACACGAGAUCUGGUUUCUAUACACACUGAUGGUAAUGAGCAGCUUUCAGUGAUGCGCUACUCAGUAGAUGGCACCUUACUAGCAGUUGGAUCCCAUGACAAUUUUAUUUACCUCUACAUAGUAACAGAAAAUGGAAGAAAGUAUAGCAGAUAUGGAAAGUGCACUGGACAUUCCAGCUAUAUUACACAUCUUGACUGGUCCCCGGACAACAAAUACAUAAUGUCAAACUCAGGAGACUAUGAAAUACUUUAUUGGGACAUUCCAAGUGGCUGUAAACUAAUCAGGAAUCGUUCAGACUGUAAGGAUAUUGAUUGGACAACAUACACUUGUGUGCUAGGGUUUCAGGUGUUUGGAGUAUGGCCUGAAGGAUCAGAUGGGACAGAUAUAAAUGCCCUUGUCAGAUCCCAUAACCGAAAGGUGAUAGCAGUUGCUGAUGACUUCUGUAAGGUCCAUCUUUUUCAGUAUCCCUGCUCCAAACCCAAGGCCCCAAGUCACAAAUAUAGUGCUCACAGUAGUCAUGUGACAAAUGUCAGCUUUACCCAUAAUGAUGGUCACUUGAUUUCAACUGGAGGGAAAGACAUGAGUAUAAUUCAAUGGAGACUUAUGGAAAAGGUAACUUUGCCACCGAAUGACAUUGUAGUAGAAAUUGGUACACCCAAAGCAUCUAUCCCUCCUAGUGAAAGUGUUGUACAGUCCCCUGCACCUCCUUUGCAGUCCUUUGACGAGAUAGUCCAAAAUGAAAGUGUGACUGGCAGCUCUCCUGCAUCUUUGGAGAGCAAUUUGGAGCAGACUAUGGAGGCCAGCGAGGAGCAAAGUGAGGAACAAAGUGAAGGGAGCAGUCUAGAUCCAGGCGAGCCAAAUUAUGAAGAACCAUCCAAUGAAACAAGUGAGGAACAAAGUGAAGCCACCAUUACCGAAGACCAGCAAGAGAAUUCAACCAUGUCUUAACACUUUGGAUUCAAAUGGUCAUUUUCCCUUGGUGUGCAUGCUUUCAUAAAGGAGAGGGGUGCAGGUAGGGGAGGGGGAAGCAGCUGACAUUCAUGACCACUCUGGCUGUUGAGUUUCAGUGAAAUGUUUAGUCCGACCUUCUGUUUCAAUACAUGGAACUAUCCCAAGGCCCCAGCUUGACAAUUGACGUCAAGAAGUGGCAUAAGUUAGUAGUGGAACAUGAGUAGAUUAAUUUUAAUAGCGAAAUUGCUGUUCAGGAAGUGGCAUGAUGUAAAUACUGGAAAAAAAAGGCUAGGUCUAACAAUAAGCUGAAAUAAACCACCAUAAUCAUGUGAAAGUGUAUUCUGAAAGAACUACCAUCAAACAGAAGCACUGAAUAAUACCAGCUGAAUAAUACUAUGCUGUUUUUUCCAGGUGCAUAAAACAAUUCUGAAACAAUAGCUCUUUAUGGAGCUGUUUGCUUUCUUGCUUGCUUGCUUGCUUUCUUGCUUUCUUCCUUAAUGAUAAAAAGAAGAAAAACAAUAUGAUAAUGCCAUGUGUAUGGCACUGCCUUCUUGAUCUAACACAUAUGCAAUUUUCUAACACUACUAAUUCCUAAUAGUCUGGACAUGCUUGCAUUCUCUCUGCCCUAGGUGCUGCUAGUUCUAAGGCAACUCAAAUCAUAUCAAGGAACGUUUUUGAUUGUUCCUUCCUCGCAAAUCUUUUUAAUCACAGAACUUAACCAAAUGUUAACCUGUUUGAGAUUUGUUGAUAACCUGAAAGUUGAUGAAAUUGUACGAUGUAACUGUCUUCUCGAAGAAUUGCUUGCCAAGAUGUUUUAAACCUUGAGACUCUUUACAAUGACCUUCAUGUGAACUAAAGAGAACACGCAAUAAGAAAACAAAAGUCUGAGAGUUUGAGCAUUAAACUUAGCCUUCAAGCAUAAUGUGUUCUCUGAAAAGGAGAGAUAUAAAUACGGUUAACUUAAAUUAUUAAAUUGGUGCUUGGGGAUUAAUAAACUAAGUUGAUAACUUUUUUUACACUAUUCAGAAGCAACUCUAAGACUCAGUAACGUGUAAUUUUAUUUUUAUUUUUUUGUACUGGCUCCUUUAGCAAAUGUGAUAUAAACAUUAGAGAAAUUUAGAUAAUGUUAGCAUAUUUUCAGAUUUGCUGACAUUUUUGUGACUUUUUUUCUUGCUGAGUUGCUGUAAGCUGUGCAGCUUUUUGAUGGCUAUACCUGGCCAGUUAUGGGAUAUCAUGGCAUUUGUUAUGCAUUUGGAAAGUAAUUUUUUUUAAAUGAAAUUCAUCAGAUAGCUAAUUUUUUCUUAAGUACAUAAAUUUCCUACCUUAAAAAUAGAUUUACUGACAGAUAUUCAUUUCCUAUGUACUUGUUUAUAUUUUGAUUACAUAGAAUCUUUUUUUAACUUGCUGCAUUGUGCUGAUAUUUUAGAUUUUAGUUAGAAAAUCAUGUUUAGAAACUUUGGAUGAGUUCAUAAGUCUUAAGUGUGCAAGCGUUUACGUGAUUGUGCCAUUCCAAAGUGCAUCAAAACUGUCAUUCCCUUACUAGUAUCUUCUCAGGAGUAAAGCUACAGAUCAGGUAUUUAGUCAUCAUUUCAUAGGGUAAAAAACUCAAAUGGACUCCCAAAGGACAUUUAGAACAUUUUUUAUAUAUAUACUUAUACAUACAUACAUACAUAUAUAUAUAUAUAUAUAUAUAUAUAUAUAUAUAUAUAUAUAUAUAAACACACACACACACACACACACACACACAGGCAUAUGUAUAUUUUAUCCUCUUGUUUACAAAAGUUCCAGAAAACCUCAAUAUAGGUCUCUUCAAAUGAAGGGAGAUAUGGAUUCCAAGCAACCCAUCUGUUUAAACUGUGCUCUGUACAUAGUAUUUUGCUGGAGAGCUCUAUUGUCUCUUGGACAAUUUGCCAAAUAAUAGCAACUGAAGACAAAGAUAAAAAUAGAGUUCCAAUGAAGAAUAUAUUGUAGGGUGGGAAAAUAAUUCUAGGAAAGGGAAAAGGGUUUAUCAAAGCUAAUGGGGCACAGAGCUCUCUCUGUCAUUUUUUAUGAACUCCAUGUAAACAACACAUUUCAUUUGGAAACAUCUAUCACCUGGGGUUGCCAUGUAAAGUAAGAGUUCUAGUUGUGUUAUUCUUGUGUUUGUAGUUCAAAAGACUCUACUAAUAUGCAAAAGCCUUACAGCUUUCAAUUGCUGGCAACUACUGUUCAAUGAAUUAUCUGUGAUAAUGGAUGGAAAUGGGUGGGGUUAUGUAACUGUAGAUGUUUUAGAAAAAUAAUUGUGAAUGAAAUAUGAUUAAGAGUGUUUCAUGUGAAGAUGUUUGAGCCAUUUCUAUCUACCAUGCAUUCCUGUCUCAUGGCAGAAAAAAUGAAGAUUAAGGGAAAAAAACAAUAAAAUAAUCAAAAUAA